AUGAGAGAUAACAGAGAAGGUGACAUUUUUAUCACAGAAGGUACCCUAAAUGGCAUCAUUAAGGCCUUUGAAAGCAAAAGUUGGGAUAGAAUUGCUGUACAGGAUUUAAGAAGGACGGGUACAAGGCUCAGAUUUGCCAAGAGGUACUCUGUCGCCGAAAUAUCCAAAAUAGGAAGAAGUUUUAUGGCAUCAAUCGCAAGAUAUUAUGUCAAUUACGUAUGCAAAAAUGAUUCAGAAGCACGGUGGCUACAUACUACUGCAAGGGACCCCUUCAUCAACAACCAAAAUAAAAAACACAUUUCUACAUUGGCAGAUAGAGUCGAUGCAAUUUCCGUGCUUCUUGAUAACAACUGCGUUUUGAAUUGGAAAUUAUUUUAUGGUUUAAUAGAGUUAACAAGAAGUGAUAAGAUUAGGGUGAAACAGACUUCCAUACAAUUUCUAUAUACAACACUCAUGAAAAUACUUCCUUCCCGUAAACUAAAAUAUAUUGAUCAAAUAGAGGAAGAUCGCCUUAGGUUUUUGGGCGCGCAUUUGUCUUAUUUAAAGGGUAAAGGAGGGUCUAUUGAUGAGUGUGAUCCCUUUGCAAAGAGCAUGCUUCUUGCUGUUUCUUUUGAGGAUUUCCUAAAGGGGAUUUAUUCCACUUUCAUCCAGAUAUUGUCCGAUAUGAUGAACAGCAAUCUAGAAUUUAUGCAAAAAGAUGCCUCUAACUAUUGUCUACAGAUGCUAAUACAGAAGCCAGAACAGGAAGUCAUCCUGUUGGAUAUGAUAAUAUCUAGAUUAGGUCACAAAAACGACAAGAUGUCGUCGUAUGCUUUUAAUUUGCUCGACACUCUUCUCCAAAAUCAUGGCCAGAUGAAGAGAGUUGUUGUUGCAAAAGUUGGAGAACGAAUUAAAAAAUCAAUUUCUUGGAUGUAUAAAGAUAUGCAUCAUUGGCCUUCGAAGGGAAAAUGGUUUACUCGCAGGAAAACAGUUAUAUUUCAUCAUACUUUCAGUUUGUUUCAUUCGUUUACUUAUCUUUACUUUGCAGCGGAUGAACUGAUACACAUGUUGAAGGGUAUUCAUAGGGGUAUGCAUUACAUAUCAAGGCUCAACUACACGAGGUAUUGUCCAUGUUCUCUAUUCAAGUGCUUUAGGAAUGAGUAUGAUGUUGCGUAUGAAACAUUUAAAUGUUUUGUCGAUUCGGUACACUUCUUUUUUGCUUUCCAUGAUAUAGGAUCAAGCAAAUUUUCUGCCCCAAUGUAUGAAUAUGAGGAAUGUGCAAAGAUAGUUCGUUGCAUUUCUAUUGCCAUAGAGAAAUGCUUACGUUAUUUCAAAUUUUUGGAUUCCCUUGGUACCAAACAAGCACUUUCCAGUGGUAAAACAGGAAUUUUUGAUGAUAGACGCAAAGAACUACUGGACUCCUUGCAGGAUAACGUGAAGUCUUUAUAUAGAGCAGCCCAUAGACCCACUUCUUUAUCUGCUAAUAUAUCUUUGCUAUCACUGCUAUCUUCGAUCUUCCCUUCAGAGGACCGUUACUAUAACUUACUUUAUGAAAGAAUAUUGGAUAUUAGAAUGUUUGACGCAUCAAAUACACUUUCACUUUUACUGGUAGUCGAUAAAAUGAUGCAGCAAGACUCUGACGUACCGAGAGUCUGUUCAUUUAUAAAGCGUCUUUUGCAGGUUGCAGGCACAAUAACGUCGACUAAUGCAUCGCUUUUGAUAGCUAGGAUAUGUAGAAAGAAAAUGGGUGAUCUUCCAUCCAUUAGAAAAAUUAUUCAUGACUCCCCUAAAGAGGGGGAGCAUUAUAUUCAUGAUAAACGCAAUCCCACAUACUCCAUGGCUGAUGAGUGCCAUCUUUGGGAAUUAUAUCUAAAUGCAGCAUCGUAUAAUCCUAUUUUAGAGCAUGAGUUUAGAAAUCUUGAUAAGGACCCUGUUAAUGCACUAGAUCAAAAGGGAUUUUCUACAGAAUACAAUACAUUUACAUUAUUUCAAGAACUCAGUUUAUUUUCUGGUGCUCUUCAGCAUGGUGACUAUAGUUAUACACAAGAAAAAUACUGGAAGAAUAAUAAACAAGCAGAGCCUCACCACAUGUCAUUUAAACUAUAUCACAAAUUGAAGUAUGAAUGCGAUCCGAGGCUUCAACAGAAAAAGAAACUAGAAUUACCUCAAGAUGUUGCUGAUGAGAUUUCGGAUGGACAAGAUACCGACCCGGGUGUUGAAUUCAACGAUGUUAACGAUAGCGAGGUAGAUACUGAACCUUCUAUCUCUGAAGGUGACGCUGAAGAUAUAUCUGAAGAAGACACUGAUGAGGAGAUAUCUGAUGAUGUUACCGACGAUGAAAUUAGCGAAAGUGUAUCUGGUAAUGAAGAAAUUGACGACCUGGACUCGGAGGAAGAUAGUGAUUCAAAUCGGGAAAAAAGAAACCUCUCAAGUACCAACGAUUUGGAACUUAAAAAGAGGAAAGAUAUUGAAAAAAGAUUAAAACGUGUUACCAGGGGUAGUUUUGCGGACGCUUCACGUUUGUUUUUUUUGUAA